AUGCCCCAGGGCGGGGUGCAGGCUCUGGAGGCCAUGUUGUACACUCUUGACUUCAUCAAUGAUCAGGAGGACUUCAUCCCAGGCGUGAGGAUCGGAACUCAUAUCCUUGACGACUGUGACAAGGACACCUACGGGCUGGAGCAGGCCGUCGACUUCAUCAAAGACAGUGACAACAAGAAAAGUGUUUCUGUUGCACAGUUAAAAUUUGAGAAUCUUCCUGUAUUAGAGUUAAAAUCUGGGAUGUUAUCUGAUUCACAAGGAAAAGUGCGAGAACGUGUUGCUAUAUCUCACCUACAGAAACUUCAGGAAUCUCACAAACAACAGGAGUCCCCAAGCCUACAGGAGUCCCCAAGCUUACAGGAGUCCCCAAGCUUACAGGAGUCCCCAAGCUUACAGGAGUCUUCAAGCUUACAGGAGUCCCAAGCCUACAGGAGUCCCCAAGCUUACAGGAGUCCCCAAGCUUACAGGAGUCUUCAAGCUUACAGGAGUCCCAAGCCUACAGAAGUCACCAAGCCUUCAAGAGUCCCCAAGCCUACAGGAAUCCCCAAGCCAACAGGAGUCCCCAAGCCUACAGGAGUCCCCAAGUCUAGAGGAAUCCCCAAACUUACAGGAGUCCCCAAGCCUAGAGGAAUCCCCAAGCUUACAGGAGUCCCCAAGCUUACAGGAGUACCCAAGCCUAGAGGAAUCCCCAAGCUUACAGGAGUCCCCAAGCCUCCAGGGUUCCCCAAGCCUACAGGAGUCCCCAAGCCUACAGGAGUCCCCAAACCUGCAGGAGUCCCCAAGCCUUCAGGAGUCCCCAAGCCUACAGGAGUCCCCAAGCUAACAGGAGUUCCCAAGCCUACAGGAGUCCCCAAGUCUACAGGAGUCUUCAAGCCUACAAGAGUCCCCAAGUCUGGAGGAGUCCCCAAGCUUACAGGAGUCUCAAGCCUACAAGAGUCCCCAAGUCUACAGGAGUCUUCAAGCCUACAGGAGUCCCCAAGCUUACAGGAGUCACCAAGCCUAGAGGAAACCCCAAGCCUACAAGAGUCCCCAAGUCUAGAGGAGUCCCCAAGUCUAGAGGAGUCCCCAAGCUUACAGGAGUCUCAAGCCUACAGUAGUCCCCAAGAGUCUUCAAGUCUACAGGAGUCCCCAAGCCUACAGGAGUCUCCAAGCUUACAGGAGUCCCCAAGCCUACAGGAGUCCCCCAAACCUACAGGAGUCCCCAAGCUUACAGGAGUCCCCAAACUUACAGGAGUUCCCAAGCUUACAGGAGUCCCCAAGCCAACAGGAGUCCCCAAGCCUAUAGGAGUCCCCAAGCCUAGAGGAGUCCCCAAGCCUACAGGAGUCCCCAAGCUUACAGGAGUCCCCAAGCCUACAGGAGUCCUCAAGCCUAGAAGAGUCCCCAAGCCUAGAGGAGUCCCAAAGCCUACAGGAAUCCCCAAGCCUACAGGAGUCCUCAAGCCUAGAAGAGUCCCCAAGCUUACAGAAGUCCCUAAGCCUAGAAGAGUUCCCAUGUUUACUGGAGUCUCCCAACCCUACAGGAGUCCCCAAGCUUACAGGAGUAAGCUUGGGGAAAAAUUGUCAUAG